UUUCGGUAACGGCGCCAAUGAUGUGGCCAACUCAUACGCCACGUCCGUGGCCGCGCGGGCCUUGACUAUGCCCCAAGUCGGCUUCCUCUCAAUGAUAACCGAGUUCGUCGGCGCCGUGGGGUUGGGAUCGCACGUGACGGGCACCAUCAAGGACGACAUCAUUGACACAACACGCUUCGAGACAACGCCCGAGGUGCUCCUGCUGGCCAUGGCCUGCGCCGAGUUUGGUAGUGCCUUCUGGUUCAUCUUGGCCACCCGCAUGGGCUUCCCCGUGUCGACCACCCAGACCGUCGUUGGCGCUCUCGUGGGCGUCGGCAUCGCCGCUCAGGCCCAGGUUCAGUGGGCGUGGGAGGACGGCAGCGUCUCGCAGAUUGCCGCCUCAUGGGGUAUCGCACCCCUUCUCGCCGCCGCCUUCUCGGCCAUUCUUUUUACGACGCUCAAAUUCUGCGGCGUCCUGGCGCUGUUCAUCACCAUCGAGGCGUCCGGGAUCGGCCUCGACGAGCUUGGGCCCGGCAGAGCCGUUGGCAUUGUGCUGGGCACCUUUGGCGGCUGCCUCCUGGUUGGCUAUGACGCGCGGCUCCGGGUGUGGCACCUGCCCAUCUACCACCCGCGUCGGCUCUGGGGUUUUGUCAAGUACUUCUUCCUGCAGGGCGUGAAGCGCGACUGGGUUGACCGCUACGACAACCGGGUCGAGCACCUGUGGACCUACGCCCAGGUCGCCAGCGCCAUGAUGAUGUCCAUCGCCCACGGCUCCAACGACGUCGCCAACGCCGUCGGUCCGUGGGUGGCCGCGUACGACGUCUGGCGGCGCGGUAUUGUCGAGGAGGACGUCAGCACGACCGUCUGGAUCCUGAGUAUCGCCGGUUUUCUGCUCGGUGCCGGCGUCUGGUUCUUUGGCUACCACAUCAUCCGCUCGCUGGGCAAUAAAAUCACGCAGCUCAGUCCCACGCGCGGCUACGCCAUGGAAUUGGACGCCGCCAUCACAGUGCUGCUUGCGAGCCGCCUGGGCCUCCCUGUCAGUACGACGCUGUGUCUGACAGGUGCUUUGUUUGAUGUCGCGCUCAUAAACCUCGACUUUGGCUCCGUCAAUUGGCGCCAGCUGGGCUUCAUCUACAUCGGCUGGGUCCUGACCCUCCCCACGGCCGGUCGGAUUGCAGGUUUGCUCAUGGCCAUGUCGCUCAAUACGCCUCACUUUGCUUAA